CAACCUCACGCGCUCCUUUCGACCCUGGCAUCGGUCAACGACAGUUCCUGUCAUUUUUCUUCGGGAUUCCUUCACUCUACUAGACGGACAAGUGCGAUUUCAUCAAUCCACUUAGCUUUGUCAACGAGUAACACUCUCUUGUUAGCUCUUGUCCUUUUGACGACAUUUAUAAGGAUCUCUCCCAUAUCUCCGCAUGCCUGGAAACCAGACAGUCUAUACCCGCCCUGAAUUUGUCGACUCGCAAGUACCAUUGCCGACAACUCGCCCACCCCCAAUGCGAACGCCAACGAAUCAUGCGAGUCUACGGAGAGGAAAAACCCUCACCAGGCCAGAGCGGAGUGUUCGGCCUCCGCCCCUCAUAAAUCCCCCCACAGCCCUGCCUUCUGGCGCAACUCUCCCGCCAGUUAUCAGCUCAACUUCCGACGGCUUUGAUACCUGGACGUUCUUUAGCCAUCUCGUCACAUUUUGGGCACCAUCAGUGUUGCUAUCAAGUUUGGGUGGCAUGCGUGAUAAGGCGACACGUCAAGCAUGGCGUGAAAAGGUUGCGCUUUGUCUCAUUGCGCUCUUGCUCGGCGGAGCUGUCGGCUUUGCAACAGUCGGUUUAGAUCGAGUUUUAUGCCCAACGAUCUCGCAAUCCAACCCAACAAAGUUCACUCGCAUUGGUAGUACGCCCGGAACCCUCGGAAUACUCGGGAACGAGUAUAAUGCCAGCAAUGCACAAUCAACGAUCGGAGUCGACUUCCUUAAAAUGUCGCAAUCAUUCCCUGGCCAGGACAUCACCAGUUAUUUCGCCCGUACAUCCGCUAAUUUUCCUGCCUGUAAUGGGCUUUCCUUUAAGGCUGCAACCGGUCCUCCUUGUCCGAACGGCAACAGCUCAUGUCCUCUGGGUCCAUUAACAUCUGGCACCGUUGCUUCCUAUAAACUUACAAACACUACAAAACGUAUCGGCUACGGCUGGGAUCAGGUUGCUAAUCUUACCAACUUUUUCGUGCUUGAUGGCAAUGUUCUUAAUAUGCAACCUUACAUGGCCGCUCACAAAUCCCCCAUAUCAGACGAUCCCGUGGACACCGCGAUCAAGGCCGUCCUUCUCGAUGGAAGGACUGGGUCUGGAAAGGAUGGUACGCGCACAUUUUACCGCACGAGAGAGCUUCAAGAUGCUGUCCCAUGCCUCGUCCAGCGCUAUAAUGCCGGGAAUAUUGAUAAGAUAACACCCGGCUGUUUCAUCAGCAACCUUAUGCUCUAUGCCGGUUUAAUCGUCAUUUUGGGGUUGGUAAUGGCGCGCUUCGUCAUGGCAUGUAUUUUCAGUUGGUUCAUAAGCGCAAAAUUAGUCCAGCCGCCGAAGAACCUGGCACGAACCGUCAUUAGCCCUUCCGUACUUCCAGAAGGAGCAAAUGUGUCGUUAGACAAUGCGAAUGGCACUGCUCCUUGGGCUAACAAGGGCGUAGGCCAACGCAAACCUGGGGCUAAAAUUCAAAAGAACCAAGCAUUGAGUCCUUCACCAUCAUCUACAACCCUUGUCCCGAAUGGCAACCAUGCUGGUGUAUCUCCAACAAUCAGCAUGGCACAGAUUGGACAAGAACUGUUCUGUGUUUGCCUUGUGACAUGUUAUUCAGAAGGCGAGGCUUCUUUGCGGACGACGCUAGAUUCCAUAUCGAACACCAAUUACAGUGAUAACCGGAAAUUGUUGUUUGUCGUUGCUGAUGGAAUGAUCACCGGAGCUGGUGAGAAGCGGAGCACCCCCGACAUUUGUGUUUCUCUUCUCGAUGCGGAUCCUCGAUUCGGCACACCCACUCCGAUGAGCUAUAUUGCAGUUGCUUCAGGUGCGAAGGCCCACAACCGGGCAAUGGUCUAUGCGGGGCAUUACACUGUAUCUGGUCGUCGCACCCCAACGGUUAUCCUAGUCAAGUGUGGCACUGAUUCUGAAGCAGUGAAAGACAAAAAGCCUGGUAACCGAGGGAAGCGUGACGGGCAGCUCAUCCUCAUGAACUUCUUCUCUCGAAUAACCUAUAAUGACCGCAUGACUCCCCUGGAUUUCGACUUGUUCCGCAAAAUUCACACUUUGAUGGGCGUCACUCCGGAUUACUUCGAAGCAUGCUUGAUGGUGGACGCUGAUACGAAAGUAUACCCGGAUUCUUUGAGGUUACUCGUUAACACUCUACAUCACGACAAUCUGGUUAUGGGCGUGUGUGGGGAAACCCGGAUAGCCAACAAACGGCAAUCAUGGGUGACCGCCAUCCAGGUGUACGAGUACUUCAUCUCGCAUCAUAUGGCCAAGGCAUUCGAGUCUGUUUUCGGUGGUGUAACCUGUUUACCAGGUUGCUUUUCAAUGUAUCGGUUGAAGGCCCGGAAGGCAAAUGAUGACGACUGGAUUCCCUUGAUUGUGCAUCCGGAUAUAAUUCGGGAGUAUAGUCAGAGUGAAGUUCAUACCUUGCACCAAAAGAAUUUGCUGCUUCUUGGCGAGGAUCGUUUCCUGACAACGGUUCUACUCCGAACAUUCCCCAACCGCAAGAUGAUGUUCUGCCCUCAAGCAAAAUGUCGGACUGUUGCCCCUGAUACAUUCUCCGUCUUGCUGUCCCAGCGUCGGCGAUGGAUCAACUCUACAAUACAUAAUCUCAUGGAACUUGUAAAGGUUCGGAAUCUGUGCGGGACAUUCUGCUUCAGUAUGCAGUUUGUUGUUUUUAUGGACCUUCUGGGAACUGUUGUUUUGCCAGUUGCCAUUUGCCUCACAUACGUCCUCAUCGUCAGCAUGGCGACGCAUCCCCCAGACACAUUCUCCAAAGCCAUCCCGCUACUGCUCCUCGUUGCUGUCAUCGGCCUUCCUGGCGUCCUCAUUCUCAUCACGACAUUCAAGAUCGUCUAUGUCUUCUGGAUGUUCAUCUACCUUGCAGCCCUCCCGAUAUGGAAUUUUGUCCUGCCCGUGUACGCAUUCUGGCACUUUGAUGACUUCUCGUGGGGUCAAACCAGAAAAGUAGCUGGUGAAGGUAAGGAUCAAGGUCACGGUGCUGACGGCACCGUUUCCGCUGCAAAUGCUGUUCCCCUGAGAAGAUGGGAGGACUGGGAAAGAUCACGGCUGAAGAAGCUCAAACGCGAGGAAAGACGUAGACGCGAAUUAGCCAAAAAUUAUCCUGGUGGCUUUCAUGACAAUGGCGAGUUCCUACGCGCUACACGGGAAGAGUUCAUGCCGUCAUUUUACGAAGGUUCGGACACCACUUCCAUUGCGUCGUCCGCGGAGGAAGACAAAUGGGGUGCUCAAAUUGGUGCCUACAACGAGAACCACUCUUCCUUUCCAUUACCUCCUCAAACACUUCUGGCUCCUGAGACCGAAGUCAUUCAAAAUGCAGAGACUGUUGGCAUGGACGAGCUCGAAGCAAUACUGGAUCAAGGUUUUGAUACUCGACCAUCUCCAACCUCCAGUACUGCGGAUAAUUUUCACCCAUACACCCAUCGCCUCCCACCGAAUCAGAAGAUCACGCGCCUCCAACUUGCAGAACACUCACGCUCACCUGAUGGCUAUGGUCCAGUACCAACCGUCUAUGGUGACAUUCCACCACGGGCACCGAGGGCCCGAGCCAUUUCACCUGUUUCCGCGAAUCCGCUUCAUGGCAUCUCUUCUGCACUUGGCCACGAAAUUUCACAUGUGCGGAGGAGAAGUAACGGGGAAACUCCGAUAGUGACUGAUUAUGGGCCGCUGGGGCCACUCGGGUCACCACCAACACGACCACGGAGAAUUUGAGUGCCGAACCGCGCAAUGGACAUUAUCUCGAUGCAUGCCCGGUUCUUUAGCUGGAUUCUCU